AUGUUUCUGCGUGUGUGCAUGUCUCAGUGCCCUGACUCGGCCUGCAAGCAGGACCUGCUGGCCUACCUGCAGAGAAUCGCCCUGUACUGCCAUCAGCUCAACAUCUGUAGCAAGGUCAAGGCCGAGGUCCAGAACCUGGGAGGAGAGCUCAUCGUCUCUGGGGUAAGUCUCACCACACAACACCCUCACAUGGUACAGUCAAGGCUCUGGGUCCCUGUCAAUAGUUAUAUUCAGGUGCAUAAAGCACUGGUGAGCAGCAAUUUUCUGUGUGUGGGCCUCAUUCCUUUCUCUCAAUAGUUACAAGGGACCUUCCCUAGGCUUCCUCCCUCCUUGUUUCUUACAAUUCCUCUCAAAGAGCAUUGGAGGAGGAGUUCUGAGGGAGAGCCUUGGAUCCUCUCCUCCAAUGCGCUUUGAGAGGAAUUGAGAAAACAACGAAGGAGGAAGCAAGGAUUUGAAAGCUAGUAACGUUUUCAAACCCUCUGCUGCUGUCUCCCUCCCUUUGCUGAGACUAAUGCCAUGUUCAAAACAACUGGGAACUCGGAAGUCUCCGACUUCCAACUUCAGUGCGUUCAAGACAACUGGGAUUUCUGAAGAAAAUUAGAUCCGACUGGGAAAAAUAUUUUUUGAAUGGUCAUCCAUCUCGGAAUUCCAAGUCGGAAACUCGGGCAUCUUUCUAGAGCUCCGACUUUCCAACCUGAAGAUCACUGACGUCAUGAUUUGUUUUGGUUCCCAGUUGUCUUGAAAGCACCAUGACCAUCAGAUGCAGGUACCAUCAGUCCAGUAAAAUAAAAAAGCAAAUUAUUUGCAAAUUAUUUCAAUUUGUGCUCAGCUGUGCCUCGCAAGUGCUACACCAACUGAUCUAUUUUGUAAUCAAAGCUCAAGUUUUGAAAUAUAAUAUGGUCUGAGAAGAACAAUAUUGGCAGGCCAGGCAUUUAGCCAAUAUGCUGUGAUAAUGUAUUCGGCCUACUGCACAAACCUCAUUCCUAUAAAACAGUUUUUAUUAGGUUAAUGUUAAAUUUACAUGUUAAAAAAAAAAUCAGAGCGGUAGAUCUCGGCUUGCUUUUUGACUGCGAAAGUGAUCUUGGCUCAGAAAAGGUUGGUGACCACUGUCUUAUAGAAUAUUAGCUCAAAAGUAUUAUGGAUCUCCUGCACCUAAAAAUAUACAGUACCGGCACCUAUUUUAGUCCAAGUCAAGCACUGUAUCUAUGACAAUAGUGGACCUGCACAAAGAUGGUAUACCUACAUAUACACUAGAUAUCAAAUUGAGCACACAGCCAUGCAAUCUCCAUAGACAACCAUUGGCAGUAGAAUGGCCUUACUGAAGAGCCCAGUGACUUUCAAUGUGGCACCGUCAUAGGAUGCCACCUUUCCAACAAGUCAGCCCCGGUCAACUGUAAGUGCUGUUAUUGUGAAGUGGAAACUUCUAGGAGCAAGAAUGGCUCAGCCGCGAAGUGGUAGGCCACACAAGCUCAAAGAACGGGACUGCCGAGUGCUGAAGCACGUAGUGCGUAAAAAUUGUCUGUCCUCGAUUUCAACACUCACUACCGAGUUCCAAACUGCCUCUGGAAGCGAUGUCAGCAUAAGCCUAAGAUCUCCAUGCGCAAUGUGUCGGCUGGAGUGGUGUAAAGCCGCCAUUGGACUCUGGAGCAGUGGAAACGCGUUCUCUGGAGUGAUCAAUCACGCUUCACCAUCUUGCAGUCCGACUGAUAAAUCUGGGUUUGGCGGAUGCCAGGAAAACGCUACCUGCCCGAAUGCAUAGUGCCAACUGUAAAGUUUGGUGGAGGAAGAAUAAUGGUCUGGGGCUGUUUUUCAUGGUUUGGGCUAGGUCCCUUAGUUCCAGUGAAGGGAAAUCUUAACGCUAGAGCAUACAAUGACAUUCUAGACGAUUCUGUGCUUCCAACUUUGUGGCAACAAUUUGGGGAAGGCCCUUUCGUGUUUCAGCAUGACAAUGCCCCUGUGCACAAAGCGAGGUCCAUACAGAAAUGACUUGUCGAGAUUGAUGUGGAAGAACUUGACUGGACUGCGGGCCUAAUCGCCCAACAUCAGUGCCCAACCUCACUAAUGCUCUUGUGGCUGAAUGGAAGUCCCUGCAGCAAUGUUCCAACAUCUAGUGGAAAGACUUCCUAGAAAAGUGGAGGCUGUUAUAACAGCAAAGGGGGGACCAACUCCAUAUUAAUGCCCAUGAUUCGACGAGUAGGUGUGCAAUUCAUGAAUUGUCAAAUGUCCGCUAUUAUCUGUUAAAAUAGACCUCCUAUUCUAAUUGGCUUAUUAUGGCUAGAAACACACAAGUCCUCGAGUAACUCCUCUCGAUUAUUGUCUGGCAAAACUCUCGCUCUCUCUUCACCUUCGCAGUGCCAGCCCCAACCCAGGGAGUCCUCAACACAACUGACAAUUAAGCGUUGAAAAAUAUCGCCCUCGCGACACGACACCCACUUUUUUUUAGACACAGGUCAGGUGUACCUCUCUUCUCUCCCUGCGUCUGUUUUGUUUGGCUGACAUUUAGAGGCUGCGGCCAGCCCCCCUACCCCCUUGCCCCCCACCCCGAGAAGGGAGUCAACCGCUAGAUUUAAUUGGCUCCGAACUCCAGCUGGUCACUAUAAAAAGGUUAGCAGCACGGUGGGUGCCCCCGAUACCCCAAAUUAUGCUUAAAAUACCCAGUAAUAAGCAGUAAUUUAGUCCCGACAGGAUGAGCUGAAACUCUAUGGGCACUGCGUCUGAAAUGGCACCCUAUUUUGACCAACGCACAACAGGCUCUGGUCGAAAGUAGUGCGCUAAAUAGGAAAUAGGGUGCCAUUUGGGAUGCAACCAUGUUCUUUUGGACACAACUUUCUCUUAAUGAGGCUGGCAUAUCAGAGAUGUGUUGGAGGUAGAGUUGUCACUCUGACCCUGUCUAGCUACUCAGGGCUCUGAUAAGACGAGUGAGGGACCUGCUAUCACCCUGCGGGGGAGACCAGAGACAGAGAGCUCAACUCUGUACUGUAAGAACCGUUGGCUUGAUAAAGCCUUCUUCAGUGAGAGCUCUUUGCCGCAGGCAGUUCUUGUUAUCUUGCAGUGUGACAUGGGAUGUCUAAAAGACUGUCUAAGAAAGGGGUGCAUCUCAAUACUCUUAAUUAGGGUUGCAUCUCAAUACUCUUUCGUUGAAGAAAUAACAGAUCUCCAAUUGGUUGAAUAGUAUUAAUACUUACACCUGUCCAAUAUAUCUGCUUCAUUGAUGUCCUGAAAGAUAUCCAAUUGGUUGGAUUAUUGCUUACACCGAUCCAAUCACUUAGAUCUUCCUUCCCCCCUCUCCUUCUUCUCACCUCUCCCCCUCCUCUCAUCCCCUCCUCCCCUCAUGGGGUCUGCAGAAUGUUUUAUGUGCAGUUGAUGAUGCAGGUUUGCAGUUGACCUAACCAUACGUGAUGGUUUUUAAUAUGUCCAUUUAAUGUUUAAUGCUGAACUAGUAAAAGUAGUUGCUAUGUAACUACAAUGUUGUUACUACAGUUAAUACUAUGUAGUGAAAUAGGCAUAAGGGCAACAUAAGAUAUAGCGUUGGUAUAUGGAUUUUAACAUCUAAGUUGUCCUCUGUCUCUCUCCGUAGCUGGACAGCGCCACCUCCCUGAUCCAGGCGGCCAAGAACUUGAUGAACGCUGUGGUGCUCACAGUCAAGGCUAGCUAUGUGGCGUCCACCAAGUACGCCAAGGUGUACGGCGCCGCUGCCGUCAACUCGCCUGUGGUCAGCUGGCGCAUGAAGGCGCCCGAGAAGAAGCCCUUGGUGAAGCGGGAGAAGCCUGAGGAGUGCCAGACGCGUGUUCGACGGGGCUCACAGAAGAAGCACAUCUCGCCCGUCCAGGCCCUCAGCGAGUUCAAGGCCAUGGACUCCUUCUAA